CUCAGCCUCGUAUGAUUUUCGAACUGACCUCAACCAGAGCUUCCCAUAACCUGCGAGGCCCAACCACAUUCACAAUGGCCUCGCGUACAGCUCUCCGGGGCCUCUCCCGCACAUUAAAACCCUCGAGAUGCUCUCCUACUUUCGUUCGGCCAUUUUACUCUACCAAUGCCGUCCGUGGCGACAAAUCAACCCCUACAUCUGAUCGACCUACCCACUUUGGAUAUGAGACUGUCACAGAAGCAGAGAAGCAGCAGCGUGUUGCUGGUGUAUUUACAAGUGUCGCCGAAUCCUACGAUAAGAUGAAUGAUUUCAUGUCUCUGGGUAUUCAUCGUCUAUGGAAGGACUACUUUAUCUCUUCCCUCAACCCUGGUGCUACGAACCCCCCUGGUCAACCUCAGCGCAUUCUCGACGUUGCUGGCGGAACCGGCGAUAUCGCUUUCCGACACCUUCAGCACGCCCAUGAGUUCAACUACAAUCCCAACGUCUCCGUUAUUAUCUCCGACAUCAACCCCGACAUGCUAGCAGUUGGUCGCCAGCGUUCUCUUGCACUCCCUGCGUCCCACCAAUCUGCCCUCUCUUUUCUCGAGGCAAACGCCGAAGUCCUGCCCUCUCAGAUUGAGGAUAACUCGCUCGAUCUUUACACAGUUGCCUUCGGUAUUCGCAACUUCUCCAACAUCCCAGCUGCUUUGAAGGAAGCCCACCGGGUUCUGAAGCCUGGUGGUGUAUUUGCCUGCCUUGAGUUCUCAAAGGUUGACAAGCACCCCAUCUUCAACACUAUCUAUAAGCAGUGGUCCUUCAAGGGCAUUCCUUUGAUCGGUCAACUAGUGGCAGGGGACCGCGACAGCUACCAGUAUCUGGUCGAGAGUAUUGAGAGAUUUCCCAGCCAGACCGAGUUUAGAAACAUGAUCAAGGAUGCAGGUUUUGUCGUUGCUGGAGAGGGCUACGAGGACCUGACUGGCGGUAUUGCUGCUAUUCACAAGGGAAUGAAGCCCGUAUGAGGUGGCUAAAAGAUACACAUGUAAUUUAGUCUGUAAAAUAGUCCAUCAAUCACGAUCAGCAUCACGAAUAGUCAAUCACAGUCUAGCAUUGUACUAGGAAGUUAAUUCAUUCCAAAUCGUUCCUCAACCUACUCCCCCUAAUCCAGCUUCCGUGAACGUCAUCAUCACAUCCACGUCUCCGAAAUGCUUUCCAGGGCCCAGAACGAUGUUUUUUUAAUUCUCUUCACAACUGAACUCCAUACAGGUCAAAACUAAAGAAGCCGUACCCUCGAUGUCAAGGAUUUUCGACUCCGAAAUCUCAUUAGGUACACGAUACAUGAAAACGAGGCCGGUGAGAUAUCCUCGCUUUUCCUGUUGCUUAAGCCCCUAUCAGAUCAGAUCAAGGCGUAACAAGCAGGUGAUGCCCAAAAAAAGCAGGCAAAGAUAAUAAAAGGCGCAUGGAAAGAACCAGGGCCUCAUAACGGUUGUUUAGUGACACUCAACUUUUGAGUAUGGUAUUAAUCGGCGGCGGGUGUGGCGGGAGCAGCGGCAGGCGAAGAGGUGCCCGUCUCGCCCUUGAGGCCUCCUCGACCACGUCCACCCCGUCCACGAUCUCCGCCACGGCCGCGACCACCACGUCCACCGCGUCGGUUAGAUUCGGAAUCACUGGCUCCUCCAGCGCUGCGAUAUCCACUGGUGUUGGUGGCACCGCCGCGUCCGCUGGCACCCCAGUUACCAGCACCACCUCGGUUGGCAUAUGUCUUGCCCUCGCGAUGCUGGAAAAUCUUGACCAAAGGCUUGGAUCGAUCCUCCUGGGUUCUAGUCUUGACAUCCUCAGGAAGUCUGGCCAAAGCAGCAUCACGGUCCUCUGUCGUCUUGAACUGAACAACCUUGUUUGAGUUACCCCACUUGUCAACCUUAAGAAUCUUGUUCUUGUCCUCCUCGCUGAACAGAUCUCGACACUGAUCCUCGGUGUUGACAUUCAUAAUGAAAAGACCGAUGAUGUCCGAGGCAGGUGUCUUGGGAGCGGGAGAAGAAACACGCUCAGGGUGCGCUGAACCAUUAGCUGGAGCGGAAGCCGGAGCUGUGGCCUUCUCAGUGUCUUUGCUGGGAGGGGCGGGAGCAGGACUGUUCGAGCUGGGGCAGGUUGGGGAGUCGCCGGCUUGGGAGGGCCGGGCAGAGGAGUUGCGACAGCAGGCUUAGCAGCCUGGACUGUUGAAGGCUGUCGGCUGGUAGGAGGGGGGACACUGGACUGGGUCGAGGGAGGGGUAGGAGAAGGAAUACCAGCUGGGCCAGCUGUGGUGGGAGGAAUUCCGGGCUGCUGCUUGGCGCCACGGUGAGAGAAGUUGAAGCCCUGAGCACGCAUCUCAGUACCAAUACGGCCAUCCUGAAUCUCGAGAACCAGGUAGCCAAAAGCCGCAUCAGCAAGGUUAAAGUUCCACAUAUUCUUGAAGGCACUUUCGUCGACUUGUCCGAGGGAAGCCUGGCCAGCAGCCGGGCCGCCAAAGGGGUUGCCACCAGCAGCAGUGGUUGGCAUCUUCUCGACGAUUUGCAGGGCAUUCUUCAGAAGAUUCUGUUGCGCCUCAUUCUGUUGGAUGGCAGGCUCCACCUCACUCUUGACAGUCUCCCAGACAUCGUUAAAAGAAGCCUUGGAGGCAGCAAGCUUGCCACGGUAAUGGUCGAGAGUAGGGUUGACGCUGAACUCAUUGUAAGAGCUUCCAUAUCGGAAGUGGAGUCCGGCAGAGAUAGAGAAGUCGGCCUUCAGGGUUACAGAGAGUUGAUUCAAGAUGCCCUCACGAGCAGGGGACGCAUGUGUGAUAAAGAUGCGGGUUUCGGUAGGAUCGUAAACUCGAUGCGCCGUGUCGACAAGCUCACCCAUUUGCAGGAGAGUUGUCCACAUAGUACCCUGACCACCAGCAAUGGUAGUACGACCUUCGCCAUUGUCGAAAAGCUUAUGCAUGACAACAGCACCACCAAGACCAAGUAGUCGCAACUUGACACCGCCAACCUCUAGUAGCAUUGAUCGAGCCUCGUCGAUGAUGUGCAGGUUUGGGACCUUGUACUCGCCGGUUCGGAACUUCUCUAGUACUCGGACAUCUUCGC